CCACCGAUUAACAAAAAUGUAUUCCGUUGCACUUUAAAUUAUCGCGACAAUUUGCAUAGUCGUCAGACGAUACCAGCUGAUGAGCCACUCUUACUUGAUGUUAUCCACAUUUAGUGAAACACCUUACACAAGGGUGGCGCUAAAUUCGUCCCUUUUUGUAGUUGGCGCUUAGUUUACGCGGGUGAGGUUGCAGACGACUAAUUGGAUCUUUCGCUAAGACAGGUUAACAUGAACAAAUGAGAGUACAUAAAACCAUGAUGUAAUGUUGAGCUGGAAAUUAUGAUUAUCAAAAUAAAUACUUAACUGCUGAUCUUAUAAUCAAAAACCAAGAUAAAGAAAACAACAAGAUAACAAAAAAUGGCAACCAAAGAAGACGCAACGUUAAUCGAGACGAAGGAAAGCUUUGUGGCGGAGAAUCCUGUGCACCUGGAUGACAUCCUGGAGAAGCUGGGAGCAUUCGGGAGGCACCAGGUCGUGACCAUGUGUCUGCUGUCGCUGGUCUACGCGACCAACUCCAUGUACAAUAUCAACUAUGUGUUCGCGGUGGAAGAUGUGCAGUACAGAUGUAAGAUCCCGAGCUGCGAAGCCAAUGCGUCAUUCUCUGUGUCCUGGCUGAACAGCUCCUACCCCGACCUGGGAGAGGACGUGAAGCAAUGCCAGCGGUACUCCUUGCUGGACGACCAGUGUGCUGGCUUCAACACCAGCCGCCAGGAGACUUGUACUGACUGGGUCUACGAAGUUCCCCACAGUUUUGUUGCUGAGUUCAACCUAGCGUGCCAGGACUGGAAGCCAACUCUAGUGGGGACAGCACACAGCUUCGGGAACAUGCUGGGUUUGCUGUUACAGGGGCAGAUCUCUGACCGGUUUGGUCGCAAGACGGCGGCCGUGUUCGCGGGCACGAUGGGAGCUGUGCUGGGACUCGCCAAGAGUUUCUCAACAUCGUUCUGGUGUUACGUUGCUCUGGAAGGCCUGGAGGCUGCCAUCGGAGACGCACUGUCUCCUAUGUUUAUGUUAAGUAUAGAAAUCGUCGAGAAGAAGAAAGCCGUACUAUUCCAAAUGAUUUUACUGAACUGCUACACGAGCGGGCUGAUCAUCAUGCCCUUCAUAGCGUGGGCGGUGCCUUACUGGCGCAAUUUCUUGAGAGUCAUCUACGCGCCUACCCUCAUCAUUCUCACCUACUCGUUCUUUCUCGACGAAAGCAUACGAUGGCUCUUCAGUAAGGGCAAGAGGAAAGAAGCUAUUAGAUUAAUUGAAAGGGCAGCGAAAAGAAAUGAUGUCAAGAUCGACAAAGUGGUGUUGGAAACCUUGAAAAACAUUGAUGAAGAAACAAAGAAUGAUCUGCAACACAAAUCGCUGCUGCUGAAGACGUUCCGCUCGAGGAUCAUGGUGCAAAGAUUUUUGGUGUGCAUCUUGUACUGGUUCACGAUAACACUGAUAAACUACGGGAUGAUGGUCAGCUCCGUGUUCAUCGGCGGCAACAAAUAUCUAAACUUCUCAUUACUGAUGGUCAUGGAUAUAUUUUCCAAUAUAUUCUAUUGGCUGGCACUGUCAAAAUACAAAAGGAAAACUACGUUGAUAUUUUCAUUUAUCGUUGGUGGAAUAUUCUGCGUUUGUCAACCUUUCGUCCCAAAGUCUUACGCGUGGGUGGGUCUAGUCCUGUACAUGGCGUUUGAGAUGCUGGCCACGUUCUCCAGCAAUAUCGUGUAUAUUUACACCUCCGAGCUGUUCCCCACUUACACCAGAAACUCGGUGCAUGCUCUGUGCUCUGCUAUUGGCCGGAUUGGGUCUUUAAUUGGCCCGCAAACCCCCUUGAUGAUAUCGUACUGGCACCACCUGCCCGCGCUCCUGUUCGGCGUGACGUCACUCCUGUGCGGAGGGCUCACGCUGCUGAUGCCGGAGACUGCGCACACAGAGCUCCCGAACACCGUCCGCGAAGCCGAGCACAUCGGCAGACCAGCCCACGAGCGACGGCCGACCAUGCCGGAGAUGCAUAGCCUCACACAGGACAAAAUUGUAUGAUAGUUAAUGAUGUUACUGUAAGGAUUAACUGUAACUUACCUCUUGUGAAAAGACGUCUAAAUUUCUCUGUAAACUGUUUGCCCUUAUGCAAGUUGUAAAAACGUAGCUACAGAAAUAUUACACUUAGCCCGACAUCUUAUGCCACAAGAGUUAAAGAUAAAACUAGUAUCUUAACACCAUACUACUUAUACUCGUUUUGUAAUAAUUGCUGUACAUUGAGCACUAUCUGAACAAUAAGAAAUAUAGAAGAACGUUCAUUGAAGUGAAACGCCAGAAAUACUUUCAGAGUACAAAUAUUUAAUGCACUUUCUUUCAAUUACACCUCUUACUUUACGCGAGAAAGUAAAGAGGUAAAUGCUGAUAAAAAUUAUCCCUAAAACAUACCUUUAAAAAGGAUUUGUUUAUCUACAUUUGAAAAAGACAGCUUUGUUUUUAAUGAAAGCCUUGUUGUCUAUAAGGGAAUCAUCCAAACACAAUAAGGAAGUAAAGAAAACGUAAAAUUUAGUUUUUAGUUUAGUUUAAUAAUUUUUAAUUAAUAUUUUAAGUAUUUAAAUGUAAAAUAUAAGGAAAAUGUUCAUAACUGAAUGACCGUAAAACACAAAACAGUGAUCGUCAAUUGUAUAAUUCAUUUAAAUAAAUUAGCAAGUUAUGUGCUAUAAAAGUGAACAAUGCCGUGAGAAUUCAUAUGAGGAACAUCGGUGGAUGUUACGACAGUUACGAUAGUUAGCGUAUUUGUUACGACAGAGAUUUUUAUUGUGAGUUUCGUAUGAAAGCGAACUGUUUAGAAUGCGUGUGAGCACUUCGUCGGGGAAUGAAAUGGGACUGCCACUCAUUUCAUGUUGUGAUUUCGUUUUCAUGGUGUUGCACACAGUAUUGUAAUAAAAUGAAAGAUUGUGAAACUACUGGCGUGCAAUCAUUUGGUGGAAGUUGACAGCGGCAAUGAUUGUUAGCUUGAUGGUUUUGAGAAAUGAUGUGAGGAUCAUUAAUCCAAUAAGGAUUAAGUAUGAUUAAAAAUUUUAAAAAAUAAUUAAUUAAAACGUGUUGCUGACAUACUUUUCUGAGCAGAUUGUGGUGAUUUAUGAUGUUUUGAACAAAUAUAAUAGAAUCUAUUCAACUUCUUUUAAAGAAAUUUGAAAUAACAACAUUUUAUGUCUUUAAAGUCAUUAUAAUCUUAAUGUGAAAAACUUCUCUAUGCAAUCAUGUCAAAGUUGAUCACCAGUGAAAAAGGCAUUAAAAAGUUAUUCAACACAUGGUUCAGCUCAACUUUGUGAUAAAAUGAUAUAAUAAGUCAUGUAGACUUGAACCACUGGCAGAAGGUAGAUAUGACGGCUGCAGGCGACAGGCGCGGGGCGGCCGAGCAGCAAUGGAUUACCCCGGGACCACAGAUUGCAAACAGCAGCUCACACGCUGCAGUGAGUUCUGGCCCGGGGCAAGUCUAUCUUCAGAUUUAAUCUAUUUCACUAAAGCGACACGAGGUAUUUUAUAGGACAUAUUUAAUUACCCAUAGCUCUUUUUUCUUGGGAUGUUUCAAAUCUAAGCGCAUGCCUAUAUUUAUAAACUAUGAUUGCCUGUUUUCCAAUAUUAACUGCUAUUUAUUAAUUUGAGCUAUACAACAGCUUUACAUAUUAUCAUUUACCUUUAUCUUUUAAAUUUUGAGACUGUAUGGAUGAUAAAUAAAUAUUCGUGUUAACAGCAGAGAUAUCAUCAA